AUUAAUACAAAUUAUUUUUUGUCACAUUUAAGUCUAUAAAAAAUACUUUGAAUAGUACAACAAAAUGAGUGAACAGUAAAAUCGGUUAAAGCACCGAAUCUUCUCCAGUGUAAUAACCGGAAAUUAACUCAUUUAACUGUAUUUUUUGUUCCUGUAUUUUUUUCCUGUAUCAUAUCGACCAACGAAAUUCACAACAAUCUUAAACACUCAAAAAGUUGUGAUUGCACGUAACAACAAGGACUCAUUUUGUCAAAAUAAACCGUAAUUUAGCCGUCACCGUUCGACGUACUAAAUAAUUAAUCAGGUAGUAAUACAACAAAGCCAGUGCCGAUAAAUUAUGAAUGUCGACAGAUUCUCUGGUUUAUUGUCUCUGUAAGUCCACCGUCACCGGUAGUUGUUGGGUAGGGGUAAGGUGAUACCGGUUGGCAGGAUUUUCCCCAGUUAUCUUUUUAAUGAUACGUAGCACAGGUAAUCGAAGCUAAAAGAGCGUCAGUUCCUUAUCUCCAUGUUUGGAGGUAAGAGUAGGAUAUCAAAGGGGGGCCAGCGUCCGAUACAAAUCGCUCACUUCUCAUAUAAAAGGACUUAUAAUUUCUGGUGAAUCCUCAGUGCCGUUUCGUGUCUCAUCAGUGGCGGUCACUCGACGAUUGUUAAUUACCCAACCAUUAAUACUACUUCAACACCCCCAAAUCCCUGGUGUACCCUCACGAGGACCAUCACUAUUGCCCCAAGUUGUCUCUUGUGAAUGAUAACUGAACCAUCGAAGUUAGUGUUCGCGUUUGUUCACUUGUUCCGGACGAAAUUAGCGUUUAACAAAUAAGGAUAAAAAAUUUAUUAACAUGUUGUCAGUGUGGCGUGGUUGUUGCAUUCGAGUACAGCAGCGAUGGGUAUUCGCACUAAUGGGAUUCCUCGCAUUGUUCAACGCUUACACAAUGCGCGUGUGUUUGUCCAUAACGAUAACAGAAAUGACAGUUCCAAUAAAUUCAUCCCACAAAAUCGACAACACUUGUCAAAUAGACCGUCCCAAAGAGGAAUCAACCAAGGUGAACUCGACGAAUCAAUUGUACCACUGGGAUGAAUCGACCCAAGGAAUAAUCCUCUCGUCUUUCUACUGGGGCUACGUCCUGACCCAUCUCCCCGGUGGAAUGUUGGCGGAGAGAUUCGGUGGGAAGUACUCACUGGGUCUGGGGAUCCUCUCAACUGCUCUGUUCACUCUGUUCACACCUCUGGCGGUCGAGCAGGGUGGAUCGACCGCCCUCAUUGUCCUUAGGAUCCUGAUGGGCAUGGGGGAGGGCACUACCUUCCCAGCGUUGAAUGCAAUGCUCUCCCAGUGGACGCCCCCUGAAGAGCGAUCGAAGAUCGGGUCAAUGGUGUUCGCUGGCGCCCAGUUAGGAACUGUCUUCACGUCAACUCUCUCCGGUCUCAUUCUCCAUUACUCCGCGAUGGGCUGGCCAGCGGUUUUCUACGUGUUCGGGUCCAUUGGCGUCCUCUGGUUCAUCAUCUGGACGUUGAUAUGCUACAACAAUCCCAGCGAGCAUCCCUUCAUAUCCGAAGCCGAGAAGAAAUUCCUUCACGAACGAAUGAGUGAACACACUCAUUUGAAACCACCACCGGUUCCCUGGCGGCACAUGUUCACCUCGUUACCGGUGUUCGCGCUUAUCAUGGCGCAGAUUGGUCAUGACUGGGGAUUCUUCACGAUGGUCACUGAUUUACCGAAGUACAUGAGCAGUGUCCUUGCUUUUCCCAUCAAGAGUAACGGAUAUCUGUCGUCCUUGCCAUAUCUCUGCAUGUGGUUCUGCAGUAUCUUCAGCUCGUGGCUGGCUGAUUGGUUGAUAACAGCUGGACAUGUCUCCAGGACUAAUAUCAGGAAGUUGGGGACGACUAUUGCCUCGGUGGGACCUGGACUGUUCAUCGUUGGGGCGAGUUAUGUCGGCUGCAAUGAGUACACAGUUGUUGCCAUGUUCACCAUUGGAAUGACCCUCAUGGGGACUUUCUACCCUGGUAUGAAGGUCAAUGCUCUCGAUCUGUGUCCCAAUUAUUCUGGGAGUCUCAUGGCUGUUGUGAAUGGAAUUGGAGCACUCACUGGAAUCAUCACACCGAUCAUCGUCGGGGAACUAGCGCCGGACAGCACCAAUGAACAGUGGAGACUCGUCUUUUGGAUUGUUCUGGGGGUCUUCAUCGUCACCAAUGUCAUCUUUGUGGUUUACGCUAGUGGAGAGGUUCAGUACUGGAAUGAUCCGGAGUUUUUGAUGAAUCUGAAGAAGGAACGGGAGGACAACCGGAGGGAGAAAGAGAAGGAGCAGUAUAAUCAGUGCUGAUGAGGUUUCUUGAUUAUGGUUUUGCAUGGAGGGAUCGGCUACGGCGACUUGGGCUGCUGGGGGAUGUCCUGGAGAUGAAGCUGGGGAACUCAGACUUCGGGGGAUAUUCUGAGGGAGGGGGGAGGGCAGCUAAAGGAAACGCAGAUGGAUGCUUUGAUGAAGAUGUCAGGGACUUUUUGGGAAUUCAGGACAGCGGACGGAAACUCUGGAGGAGUUGGACUUUCGCUUUUCUGCAAAUUUUGGGACACACACCAAAUGAAUUUUCAAAAAAAUCUUAGCAGCGCUCGUCUAUUGACUGCUCCGGGUGCUGCGGUACUCGAGCUAGGAACCAAAAAUCUGUACAUAAUUUCACAGUCAUUUUAUUGUCCUACAGUCAUUCUUCUAAGCUAAUAUUUAUUAUCUCGACAUUUUUUUAUUAGUUUUAGUGUUUGGUUACUGCAUUUUCAAACGUCUCAAGGGCUUUAGAUAUUUAUAAUUAGUCGGGCAUUUAUUCUGAUUAUUUUAAUUCCGGUCGGACUGAUAAUGAUCGAGAUUUUAUUCGUUUAUUGCAGUAGCUCAUCCUCGCGAUUCAACAAGUAAAUAAUAAUAUUGGAAUUUUUUGGCGCGUCGAGUGGAUGGAUCAAUGGAUUAGCAUGCGCAUUGCGAUUUAGAUCCGUAAAACAUGAUGAUAAGACGAAUAACAGCAUCUGCUGCUUUACGCGGAAUUGCGUAAUGUCUCGGUUGAGUUGCAAAAAAUAUCGUGCACUAUCAUGAGUAAAUUGGGUGGACUCGGUGAGUCCGUGGAGAUUGACCUUGCGAAGAAGUUGUGAAACGACUUCUGGGGACUUCUGGCAGAUGCGUGGUUUAUCUUAUCGUCGGAAGAUUUGGUCGGGACCAAUAAUGCCACCGGCACCUAUCGACGGAAUUUUAUCUCCGGGGAUUAAUCGAUUGUUCGAGAGGGUAAUGCGAAAAAUCGAAUUUCCGACCUUGAGCCACUGGUCUCAAUUCAUUGCUUCGUGCUAUCAAUUGUUUUUGUUUUCAUUUUUUUUUGAUCACAGUGAUUGUUCAAUAACUGGAGCUCGUUACUGUCGUUAGUCUGUUUUUCAAUUAUACGACAAUCCUUGAGGUAUCGGUUCACGUUUUUGUUGUAAAUUAAUUUGCUGGGAAGCGAAGUUCCGAGCGCCCCAAGGUAAUUCUAUGAGCAAUUUUCCGCGCUUCGAAUAAUAUUGGAACAAUUAUCGUUUGUUUGUUCGCUUUAAGGUUGUUAUCGCGCGACAGUCUCUCAAUUUUUAAAAAAUUAAGAAAUUUCCUCGGUUGUCUGCAAUUUAAAAACGACAAUGAACUGCAAGAAACGACAGAAAAUUAAAUUGAUGCCAUCCGCAAAAAUAGAAAAAUAGAAGAAAUUAAAUGAGCAUCAUAAAAUCACGUGACGAAUAAAAAUCUACGAAGGACGAAUUAAUUAAUUGAGCUCACGAUAACCGCGUAAAAUGAAUUUGUUCGUCUCAAGAACUUGCGAGAGGCAUUGACCCAUACGAUUCAACUUCACGUCAACUUUCAUCUUUUGUGGACAGAACAGAUUGGAUCUCGGAAUUCAGUGAUCACUUGACAUACAUUGAUUGAUGAAUUCUUAUCUCCAUUUUUCACCAUCGAGGAACAAUCCGCUUCACGAGUGAAGUGACGACGUAAGAGGGAGGACAAAGGGUGGAGUGCGAGUGAGAUGACUGAUCAUUAUCUGCUCUGAUGAUUAACGAUAAGGUUUUGAUUAAUUCACUGUACAUUAUCGAUUCAUUCACUCGGUUUGGAGAGUGUUGGCUUCAGUCGAAGUUAUCGGUUUUUCACUCUUAUAUAAAAAUAAGUGAACCCUUUUGUAAAAUACCUGUUUAAUAUUGUUUGUUGUAUCGUACCAAUCAUGUAUUUUUAAAUAUUAAAUAAAGGAAGAUUUUGUUUUUAGUCGAA